AUGGAGCUAUUGCCAGGCACUGAACUUGGUCAUUCACCUGGUCAGUCGCAUGACAACGAUGAAGAUAUACAAACGGUUAUUAAUUACCCCCGACAAAAGCCUUUCGUUCGUUAUUUGGAGGAAUUAGUCAAUCCAAAAAUUAGAGAUGACAAGCCCACCCUAGUGAAACGAGAACCGCCGGCACAUUUGAAAGCUCCGUUACCAGACAGAAAUCCAUUUCGUUUUAUCCGGUUUGAACGAAUCAAUGAGUUGAAGGAGCGUGAUCAAGCGCGAAAGGAAGAAGAGUUGUAUCGAUUUCGUGUGGCACACGAUAUCAGUGAGAAACUUCCAAUGUGGAUUCGACAACGGCACACGGCAGCAGCCAAUUUGAGAAAACUGAUUCACGAAGAAAAUGUGAAAGAAAUGAACACGUACGGCAGACUAUUUGAACCAAACAGUUUAACUGCACAACCAGUUGGGAGUAAGUUGUGUAAGUUUACCCAGCCAAUCCUCCGAACUACAUCUCGAAGUCAUAGUGUAAGCAUUCGGGCUCCGGAGGAGGAGGCAACCAUAAACGAUCCAAAGUUCGCACUGACAAAUGAAGAGACCAAAUCAAUGGACCUAGAAUCGGACAGCAAAAAUGAUAUGUCCCACGAGGAGAAUGAGCGUAUGUCUUUGAAAAAAAGCGACGAACGGGAUGUGAUUAAACUGGCCAAGGAUGCACAUGCGUUGCAGAAACCAAACAAAGCGUACGAGGGUGUGAGACAAUUUGUGCAGGAUAGAAGACGGGUUUGCCUUUUGGAACUAGCCGUGCGUACAAAACGAGGGGAGGUCAAGCGAUUGGAUACUAUUUUACAGGCAGAAAAUGAAUUUCUCAAUCGGGAAGAACACGAGCUGCUUCGUAGACACGAGGAGCAUGAUCGUUAUUUGAAAUCAAUCUGUCAGCGUACGGCGGAAUCCAUUCGUCUGGCUGAGGGAGAGGCGCGCAAACGAAAUGAGAUCAGUGAGAAGAUCAAACGAGCUCGUUAUCGGUUGGCUCAUUUGAAUGCGGAAUGUGUUAAACUAGAAGAGGAAUAUUUACGAUUGAGUACCUAUAAGGAAUUUUUACACAAAGUGGCUGAAACCUUUCGAGAACAUCAUACACAACUAAAACCCCUAUUGAAAUCGAAAGCUGAAUCUGUUGGCUACACCAAUUUGACUGCCACUUCGGACAAACUAACCACUGGCCCUUCGAGUAUGACAAACCUUUCAGAAAAUGAAAUCGGCACUAGGGAGAGUGGAACUGAUAUUGAUUUCGAGGGCUCUCAAAUGACCGAUAGUUCAAGUAACGGCCCAGCUGAAGAGGACGGAUCCCUUAUUGAUUUUUUUACCAGUCCACAGGAUUUGGUGGAUAUUUUAUCCGAAUUAGAAAGCAAUAACUUAACCCUGAUCGAGAAUGUACAGGAACAGGAAGAAGUUUGUGAGCGUGUGCGAGCGAAAGCGGCUAAGCUAUAUGCUCUGCUCAAUGUGGAACGCAAGACUGUAGACGACCAUAUUGCACGUGAACGAGAGAAUAUUAGUGGAAUUCAGGAGAAUGUAAACAGUAUCACGACAGCACGGAAUGCUUUAAGUGACUUUGUUCUACUCGAACGAUAUGCCAAAGUGUUCUACCUCGGUGAAAUGAAUCAGUUUGAAAAUCUGGAUCCCACUGCCUUGUUGACCAAUGCGGCUUCGCCCACACCAGCAAAGAAUACCGCAUCGGGUAACCGUUCCGCGACCAAGGGGACGGGCACACUAGCAGAACAAGUAGAAGCAAAACCAACCAUCUCCAAUUUGCUCAGUCUCUUACAAAUUCAAAUUCAAAAAGUCUAUUCAGCCGUGUACGGAACCAAUGAGGGUGGAGCUCGACUGGACACACUGGUAAUGCUGCGUCGACUGGAGACGACAGUGGAUGAACUGAGUGAGAUGUUGAAUGCCUACCCACGUCAUCUGGUACUGAAAGCCAAAAGAACAGUGGACGAACGGAAUCGCGUGAACGCCAGACGUCGACAAAAAGUAGAAACGCAGCUAGCUUAUGAACGUCGCCUAGAGCGUGCCAUUAAAAAGGCACGGGAACCGCCUCGAUGGCGUUUCGGCAGAAGGGUGCUACAGCGUUCACGUCCACCAGAAGUCAAACGCACCGUUCAUGUCGGUGCUGUAUCUGUCGAGCCCGAGGAUGAUAGCAAAAGCCUGUUUCAGUAG